AUGGUCUCGGGAUCAUCCGACGCUCAAGCAGCGACUUUCAAGAGUAGCACCGAGGUUAGAACCACCAUUGCUGACUCGGAAAACCCAAAGAAAUGGCCGAAAGAGAAAAAAUGGACUAUCACCGUUGUUGCCUCACUCAUGACAUUCUCCGUCACGUUUGCGAGUAGUAUCUUCAGCACCGCGGAAAAGCAAACGGCGGCAGAGUUCCAGGUGUCGCACGAAGUGACGAUAUUAGGUCUUAGCUUGUUUAUGUUGGGAUAUUGUUUUGGACCGCUGCUAUGGGGCCCACUAUCCGAAAGCCAUGGACGUAGAUUACCCUUGAUGCUGGGUGUGAUCGUCUUCUGUAUCUUUCAAGUACCCGUAGCUGUGGCCCAGAACGUGCAAACCAUUAUAAUCUGCCGCUUCAUUGGUGGUCUGUUUGCCUGCUCGCCUCUGUCAAUUGUCGGAGCCACUCUUGCGGAUAUCUGGGAUCCGGUGGAACGUGGAAUUGCUGCGUGUAUAUACUCUGGGGCGACAUUCUCUGGACCCGUUCUGGGCCCGAUUGUGGGCGGCUUCGUCGUGAACAGCUAUCUCGGCUGGCGAUGGACAGCUUGGCUGACUCUGAUCCAAGGGGUCUUUUUCUGGGUCCUUGGCAUGAUUUUUGUGCCUGAAACUCACGCUCCGACAUUGUUGCGUCGGUUCCAGGCUCGUGAGUGCGGUUCUGGCGCAAGAGAAGAACUAGGGCAAUCAAGUACCACAUCGCCCGUAAGCCACAUGAACUGGAGGGAAUUUAUGACAAAAUACUUGGCGCGACCACUUGUUAUGUUGGCCUCCGAGCCCAUCCUGCUGUUAACAACCCUGUAUAUGUCCCUCGUCUACGGGACGUUGUAUCUCUUUUUUGAAGCGUAUCCCAUCUCGUUUCAGGACCAGCGCGGAUGGAAUGCCGGUGUAGGAGCACUGCCUUUCCUGAGCAUUAGCGCAGGUGUCGUCUGCGGCAAUCUGACCAUCGCAGCAACAACUAUCCUCCGUCUUAAACGCAAAUACAAUGAAGGCGGCGGUAAAGUCGCACCGGAGGAGCGCCUGAUCCCCAUGAUGGCCGGUGCCGUCGUUUUACCACCAGGACUAUUCUGGUUUGCAUGGACCAGCAGCCCUCACAUCACUUGGAUACCUCAGGUCCUGGCUGGGAUUCCGAUUGGCAUGGGUAUUCAGGUCAUAUAUACGAUGGGCCUCAACUACAUUCUGGACGUGUACACCCCCUACGCUGCCAGCGCUGUCUCGGCAAACACCUUUGUGCGAUCCAUGGCUGCGGCAGGUUCCCACUUACCAAUAUUGUUCUAUGUCUAUGGGGAACGACUAAGGAAGCUAGGCCGGUAUAGUGUCACGUAA